AUGGUGGCAAAGGCCGGAAGCGUGGAUCUGUGCAGUUGCCCCACAUUCACUGGUGAUCCCAGUUUCAUCGGUUCUGAAGCAGAGAUGCUGCGUUCCAUCUCCUUCCACCCGUCUGGAGAUUUCAUCCUUGUUGGGACGCAACACCCUACUCUUCGGCUUUACGACAUCAACACGUUUCAGUGUUUCGUCUCCUGUAAUCCCCAAGACCAGCACACAGAUGCCAUAUGUUCUGUCAACUACAACCCUAGCGCCAACAUGUAUGUGACUGGCAGCAAGGAUGGCUGCAUCAAAUUAUGGGACGGUGUCUCCAAUCGCUGCAUCACGACUUUCGAGAAGGCCCACGAUGGUGCAGAAGUGUGUUCUGCCAUUUUUUCAAAAAAUUCUAAGUACAUUCUCUCCAGUGGAAAAGACUCUGUAGCCAAACUCUGGGAAAUCUCGACAGGCCGUACACUGGUCAGGUACACAGGUGCCGGGCUGAGCGGACGGCAGGUGCACAGGACACAGGCGGUCUUCAACCACACUGAGGACUACGUGCUGCUGCCGGACGAGAGGACCAUCAGCCUGUGCUGCUGGGACUCGCGCACGGCCGAGCGCCGGAACCUGCUCUCGCUGGGGCACAACAACAUUGUGCGCUGCAUCGUGCACUCACCCACCAACCCCGGCUUCAUGACCUGCAGCGACGACUUCCGGGCACGGUUCUGGUACCGCAGGUCCACCACCGACUGA